AUGUCCGGGGAACCUGCCGGGCAGUGUGUGUCGAUGGUGCCCAGCGCAGUGGCCACGGUCGUCCGGGAGCUUGCAGCUGAGACGAAGACAACGGAGUUCGCGGUACUUCUGGCGACCUACUUCGUCCUGCUUUCGAGGUACUGUGGACAGGAAGACCUUCUCAUAGGGGUGCCUGUGUCUACGAGGCAAAGAGGAGAAGAAGCUUUGGUUGCAGACUUCGUCAACACCACAGCGAUACGCCUGAACUUGACCACUCUGGAGGGUGCUUCCCCUGUUGGCGGUCCCACUUUCCAGACGGUGCUCGUCGAGGUUCAGUCCAAGCUGGUCAGGGCGUUGGAACACUGCCACGUUCCCUGGCAGGUGCUGGUACAGGAGCUACGGAGCAACAGAGACUUGCCCGAGUACAUCUCUCCGGUCGUUCAGACGAUGUUCGACUACAGUGCUGCAGGGGAUUUUGGCUUUCACGAAGGCGGGUUGGAGGUGGAGGUCGCGCCGGGUGUGAUCUCGAAGCCCUGGCCACUGGGAGCGAGGUUCGAGCUGAGCCUGGAUCUGUUCGCAACUCGCCACCAGGGCUACCGAGGUCUCUGGGAGUUUCGAGCCAGCCUCUUCGAUGCUGGGACCAUUCGGCGGCUGACGAGCCACUGGACGAGGCUGCUGCGGUCCCUGCGCUGCGGUCCAGUUCGGGAGCUGACCUUCGAGCCCUUCUCAGAAAGGUCCGUUCACUACCACGACUUCUCCGUCUCCAGGUCUCCGGCUCUGCCGAGCCUCUGCGUCCAGGAUCUGAUCAUGCAGCAGGCCAUGCGCACUCCUUGGAGCACCGCCAUUAUCGUCAAGGAGCAGACGGAGGCCAUGCCGCGAUGGCGCCACAUCUGCUUCCACGAGCUGCGGCGUGCGGCCUCGUCAGUGGCGUCUGCACUACGCAAGGGUCUCUACUCAGCUGAUGCCCGGACCGGUGCACGCCUUGGAUUGCUUCUGGGGAAGGGUGCAGAGUUCGUUCCGGUGCUGUUGGGCACCUUGAUCCUGGGCUGCUCCUAUGUCCCGCUGUCGGUGGAACUUCCGGCCCAGCGCUUGCGCUUCCUGGCCACCGACGCGGCUCUCAGCCUGGUCCUCGCGUGCCCUCCGGAGCUGCAGAAGCAAGCGGAGCUUUGUGGCGUGCCGGUCCUCACUCUGUCGGCGGAGGAGGUGUUCCGGGAUGGAGCACCGCCAGAUUCUGCCGGCGAAGAGAUUCCAAGGCCAUGUAGGCCAUCCUCGGAGAUGUACAUGCUCUACACAUCCGGCAGCACCGGCCGACCAAAAGGAGUCUCCGUGUCACAUCAAGCAGUGCUUAGCCACAUCCUUUGCUGCUGCGACAAAUUCGAGCUGCAGCCGUUCGACCGCGCCUUGCAAUCGAUUGCUUUUGCCUUCGACUUUGCCGUGAGUCAGCUGUAUCCGAACUUGGUGAUGGGCGGGUCACUUUGUGUUCCACCAGAAGUAGCCUGCAAAGAUCCUGCGGGGCUAAUGCGAACCUCGGACGAGGCGCUGUCCACCAGCCUCGACAUGGUUCCGACGCUAUUCUCCUUGGUGCUGGAGCGGCAAGAGACGCGUCGACGCUUGCCUGCUGUGCGACGCAUCAACCUGGGCGGCGAGGCUGUCAGUGACAGGCUUCUGCAACAAUCUCUGAAGACUUUUGCAAAUGCACGGGUUCUCAUCACAUACGGCCCGACCGAAGCCGCUGUCGACUGCACGACAUGGCGCUUGGACAAGGAGAGGCUCCGUCAAGUUCAUAACGCUGCCCUCGGCUGGCCGGAUACUUUCCGGGCCGUGGAGGUCUGUGCGCCGAGUGGUGCUGCCGUGCCAUUGGGCUGCCCUGGUGAGCUCCGAAUCUUUGGCCCUGGGCUUGCGAAGGGCUAUGUGACGGCAGAGGAGACCUCCAAAGCUUUCGGGAGCUCGCAUCGCUCUUCGGGCCUUCAGUACCGCACCGGUGACGCAGUGCGAUGGGGCAGAAGCUCCGGCCUGGAGUUUCUCGGACGACUAGAUGCACAGGUGAAGGUCCGUGGACAUCGCGUGGAGCUCGAAGAGGUCGAGUCGGUGCUGAGGAAGUGCCCCGGCAUCGCAGAGGCAGCCGUCGUCUGCGCGACGACAUCUCCUGGGCAAGCCGAGGCCAGACUUGUGGCUUUCGUCACCCCUCGGAAGGGUGCUUCGAGUCCAACCGAGCUUCCACAGAGCUUUGCAGCCAAGACGCUGCCCGAUCACAUGGUGCCACACCAUGUUUUCUCGCGAGGCCUCGAGGACUGGCCCCGCAGUCCCACGGGCAAGUUGGAUCGGCCUCGCCUGGCUCGGGAGGCUCAGGAGCUUCUCUCCCAGGCGCAGGCACACCAGGUUGGCUCGGAUGAGGCCCAGGAGCUCCCCCCAGAUCUUCGCACCGCUCCUGUGCAGCAUUUCGUACAGCUGCUCCGGAAGAUCCUUCGACUUCAAAAGCUUGCAUUGGAGAAGCCCUUCACACGCUUGGGCGGCGACUCCAUUUCUGCCAUCCGUGUCUCAGCAGGGCUCCGAGAGCAGGGCUACGAGCUGGCGCCGUCAAGACUGCUGACCGCCACUUCCGUGGCAGCGGUUGCGAGGAGCAUUGAAGGAUGCAGCGUGGGAUGUGGUGACAUUGCUUCGUCCUCAAAACUCGAGGGCGAUGUCGAAAUGAGCUCGAUGCAGACUCGAUUCUUCGCUUUGGAUCUACACAAUCCACAUCACUACAACCAGUCCCUCAUGCUCGUUCCAAGCCACGAAGCAGCACGGUUGGACGCCGGCAGCUUCCAUCGAUGCUUGGUGCACCUCGCGGAGCACCACGACAUGCUGCGGGCAAGUUUCCCAAGCGCGUGUAAACAGCGGGUUCGGCCACCUCGUGAGGCGGAAGCGGCCGUCUGCACGAGGAUCAGAAGAGCAAGGCUAGACGAGUUGGGAGACGUUUGCAGCUGCUUGCAACAAUCGCUGGAUUUGAAGAAGGGCCCGAUGAUGGCUGGAGCCCUUGUGCACCUGAGCAGGGAUGGAGCCACAGAGCAUGAAGCAUCGACGAGACUACUCCUCGUCAUCCACCACCUGGUUGUGGACCUCGUGUCCUGGCAGGUGAUCAUUGCAGACCUGGAGAAGAUUCUACUUCAUGAGCUUGGUAUGGUCCAAGAGAUGCAGCUGUCCGUGGUGCAGCGAUCCUUCAACGAGUAUGUUCGGCUGCCACACGUGCUGGAGGCCAGAAGCGACCAAGCUCCGAAAAUCCCCGGAGCGACAACCUGCAGCCCUGCCGAGCGCUCAAAGACUGCGGUGGUCGACUGGGUCGCGGCUGUUGCGCAGGGCCGUCUGGAUCUUGGUACAAACACCUGGGCCAGAGCAAGACGUCAGGUACGGAGCCUGGAUUGUGUACAAACGUCGCUGCUGCUCUCAUGUGGGGAACUGCGGCCUUCGGAGUUGCUCCUGGCGGCCUUGGCCAAGGCCUUCGCGCAAAUAGCUGGUGCAGAACGUCUGCUGUGGGUAGACAUGGAGGGGCACGGUCGUGGUGCAGAGCACGCAGACUUCGCGAACACCGUCGGCUGGUUCACAGAGCUGAAGCCGCUCUGUCUGGAGGUGUCCGAGUCGAUGCCGGAAGCACUCCUCGAAAACAUUGAGCGCUGUAGAAGCUCUUCCGCAGUUCGCGGCCACAGCGUACAGCCCACGAUUUCCUUCAACUACCACGGUCAGGCAAGCCAGCAGGAUGGUGACUCGCAGCUUUUCAGCAUGGCUCCAGAGUGGAGGACAUUGUCACAGCACGACGUGGCAGAGGAAAACCUUCGCGAGUACUUCCUGGAGAUUGAGGCCAUGCUUCUGGCCGGUGAGAACGGUACAUCGUUGGAGAUUGAAUGGAUCUAUCAUCCCGACUUUGAUGCUGAGCUGGUGGGCCGUUUUUUCGACGAGUUCAUGCGCCAAAUUCCGGAAAUCUGUGAGUGUGCGAAGAAGCUUGCCUCUGGCAGGCCGCCUUUGCCCAGCGACUUUCCAUCCCUUGGCGUCCUACCCGUCGCGGUGCUGAGUGAGUGGCUCAAGACAGUUCUUGGGGACAGGAGCCUUGAGGACGUUGAGAACGUGUACCCCUGCACGCCUCUCCAAGAGGGGAUGAUGGCAGAAACCCUUUUGGAUCCAGGUGCCAAUGUGGAACAGCUUCCUCUACUGCUUCGCGGAGUGGAUGCUGCUGCCUGGAAGAGGGCUUGGCAGACAACUGUGUGCCGGCACGAGGCACUGCGGGCGACGAUCGCUGCCGCUCCACAGCAGCCCUCUCAGGAGGGUCCUCGCUUUUGGCAGGUCAUAUUUAAAGGCAACUCCGCAGCUGCCUCGGUGCCCUGGAAGGAGGGUGUUUGGGACCUCUCUGUGGAGAUGGAGAGGUCAGGCAAGGAUCCAGAGGCGCUGCCACCUCUAUGUCCUGACGAGGUUGCCAAGCUGCUGAGCUUUCUCCGUGAUUUCCUGCGGAACGACGCGGCCGCAGGUUUCACGAGUGGCGGACCGCUUCUGCGCUUCGCACUCUUCGAGGUUCGACGUGGCAAGCUGCAGAUUGAGGAUGGCGUUUUCGUUUUCGUGCGCACGGAGCACCAUGCCAUCUCCGAUGGCUGGUCGAAUCCGCUGCUGCUCCAAGAUGCCCUGCAUUUCUAUGAAGGAGGCACUCGGCUGGCACCUGCCGCAUCUUUAGCCGCCUUUGCCGCCUUCGUGCAACUGCGAAGCCAGGCAAAGCGACGAGAAGAGAUGCGACGUUUCUGGCGUCAGCAUCUUUGUGAAACAGGGCCGCCUGCUGUUCCGGCCCCGGCCGACCACGACUCGCAGGAGUCUUCCAAACUACAGCUGCGCCGACGCCUUCGUGGUUGGUCGAAGCAUUCGGUCCAGGCCUUCUUUGAGGAAGGCGCUACUUCCGCCGCGGUGCUUCACAGUGCAUGGGCACUUCUACUGGCACAUCGCCGAAUGGGUGACGUCUUCGGGGCCGUGCUGUCCGGACGCCACGCUGCUGUCCCGGGAGUGGAAGGGAUGGUGGGACUCCUGAUCUCGACGGUCCCUUUGCGCGCUCGCGUUCCGAUCGCCUCGAGCUGCAGAGAUUUUGUGUUGGAGCUUCAGCAGCUGCUCUUGGACGUGACUGAGCACCAGUACUGCAACCUUGCCCACAUUCGGGAAUGGUGCGAGUUGACUGGCGCCCGAGAUCUCUUCCAGACCACGCUGGUUUACGAGAACUUCCCGAUGGAAGGAGUUGGCGGGUCUUGGCUGGAGGAUCUGCAUCCUUUCGAUGAAUCCAUUCCGAUCACUGGGGCAACGUUGCCCGUGGUCGCCAUGCUCAUGCCGGCAGCAGGCGACGAGAUGGAGCUCACACUGCGCUUCGAUGCUAGCCUGUACACGAUGUCGGUGGCCACGGAGUGGGCGGCGGAGUUUGACAUGCUAGUGAAGUGCAUCCUCGAGAGGCCCCAGAUGCCCUGCGGAGAGCUCCUGGCCAUGCUUCCGAUCCUCCAGUCUGCAGGUCAUGCAGAUGUGUCUUUCCGACCUUCGCCUCAGCAAGAUGAUUGGAUCUCUGCCUGGGCGCCCCUCUUGGCAUCAGAGGCAGCAGUCUCCAGCUUACCCCUCUGCUUGAAACCAGCGCGAUGCGCUUCCGAGGCAUCCGCAGUGUAG